AUGACGUGCUCCCUCCUCAUUUUUAUCGUGUUGCUCCUUGCGCUCCUAUUUGGACACUCAGAAAAGCUCCCCAACAACGGAAAGAAUGGAAGACCACUCAUAUGUACUGCUAUACUGAAAAAUAGCUUGAGAAAAAAAAGAGGUGCCCAUAAGCAUAUAUUGACAAAUGAAUACACACACAAAUGUAUAAAUAAGAAGCGGACACACACAAGGGCGACGCUUUUUAUACAGGCACAACAUGGAUUGCAAAAGAGCAACAUCCGUUUUUCCCAUUUGUACGUUCGUGGGAGCACAAACGUGAAACCCAAAACGAACAAGUCAAUUGCGAAGCGCUUUAAAAUAACAAAAAAUGGAAAGCUGAUACGAAAAAAAGCGGGACGGAAUCAUAUGCUCAGGAAGAAAACAUCGUCCAAUAAAGCAUCCCUUCGGAAGACGACUACCAUAGCUUCCAGCCGCAUUGUCAAGAAGUACAAGAGCGCCAUUCAUACGUAG